CUCUCCCAUCAACAGAUCUCGCUUCGAUUCAAUUUCCACCCCGAACUUCUUGUACGGGUUUUCCAUAGACUUAACAUACGCACAAUCGUACGGUAUCUUGACCAUACGAACAACCGUACAAAAGUACGGCGAACCACCGUACAGCCUGACAAAUCGAAUUUCUGGUCUAAAGUUGUGACUCGUGAUCCCGGCGACGGUGCUUUCGGUACUUGAACUCAGUCAAAAAGAUGAUGGUGCGAACUCGGUGAGCUCAUUGCUGUCCUGGAGUGCUACAUCGACCGCGGAUCUCUUUGGCGCGGGGGCUGGAGCUACGGGAGCCGGCUGUCAGGAACCCUUCGCGGCUCGGAAUUUCGAACACCCGAAGGGAAGCCGAUGGUCCGUCGUUGUUUCCAUAGAGUCUAGGAAGCUGGACGAGUCACAAUCGUUCAGAUUCGUCCCCCAGGGAUCAUGGACGACGGCAUCAUACAGUGGCUCCCCGAUUCCAAAGGGCACACGUGCGGUUACUGCAAAGGUGAAAGCUUCUGCAAAGGUAUGUGGGCGUAUACUCUACCGGCCCAAACCUAUCAGGACUUGAUCGAUCGAGGUUGGAGGAGGUCUGGAAAGUACUGCUACAAGCCCGAGAUGACCAAGACCUGCUGUCCGUCUUACACAAUAAGAUGCGACGCUCUGGCUUUCAAGCCGACGAAGUCACACAAGAAAAUUCUGAAACGGUUCCACAAAUUCUUGUUGAACGGACGUCAAGAAACGGUCGGAGCCGGGGACAACGAAUCCGUCGGGGAAGAUGACGAAUCGCUUCAGGAGGCUUGUCAAAUAAACGAAGCUGAGAUCUGUCGAGAGGUAGCAACUCGUGUUGAGGGGCACAUGUCAUGUGAUGUUGUCAAAGACCUGAAUCUUCCCCUGAGAGCAUCGAAAUGUGAUGGGCAAAUCAAGUCUGAAAGAACAGUGAACAAGAGUUCGGGGGAGUCCAACCAAAGUGAUAAGCCACCCCAAAGCCGAGAGGGGGAGCAGCUUCACAAUAUUUACACAACAAAGAAGAAAGCAUUGCGCAAGCAGCGUUGGCUCGAGAAACAGAAAACAGAGGAUCAACCCAGUCAAUCACGAUUGAAAAACGCAGAAAAAAGCUUCGAGGAAUGGCUUGACCUUCCACGGGGUAAACACAAGCUCGAGAUCCGUUUAGUGAGAACAACUCCGUACAGCUCUGAAGCCGAGCGCACCACCGAUGCGAGCCACGCGGUCUACAAACGUUAUCAAAUGAAAAUCCAUAAGGACUCCGAGGAUAAAUGUUCGAUCAGCAAUUGGAAGAGAUUCCUCGUCGACAGUCCUCUUCUGCCGGAAGAAGAUCCUUUGUUGGGGUCUUUCCAUCAUCAGUACUGGUUGGACGACCGCCUAAUAGCCGUCGGCGUUCUGGACUUAUUGCCUUAUUGCGUCUCAUCGGUCUACUUCUAUUACGACCCGGAAUUCCAGUUUCUGUCGCUGGGCACCUUUGCGUCAUUGUGUGAAAUCAAACUCACACGAGAAUUACAGAAAACUCUGCCAACAAUGAAAUAUUACUACAUGGGUUUCUACAUUCACACCUGUCCAAAAAUGCGCUAUAAGGGGAGACUACCCAAUUCGGAUCUCUUGUGCCCCGAGGCAUAUACAUGGCAUCCGAUACAGAAGUGCCUUCCAUUGCUAGAGGUAUCGAAAUACUCGCGGCUGGAACCUGACAGGGAGCGCCGGGAUCCCGAUGAGCCGACGGACAUCACUCAAACUCUCUUGCUUCAUAAACAGCGCGGGCUCACCCUUGCGGAUUAUCUAGCUCGGAGGAAGAUGUCCAACGGAGCGUUCGCGUCAAUUAAAGAGUAUUGCCACGCGGUCGGCUCGAAAGUCAUGACAGAAAUCUACUUCUUCAAGGAAUAGGAUUCGAGUCAAUUGUAUGUAAUUAUGAUGACAAUG